AUGGCUGAGAUGUUUGUGUUCCCCGUCACCUUCCCCCCGCUUCGGCAUUUCCCGGCCCCCACAUCCGGCUAUUGUACCCCCCCAUCCGGAGCCGGAUCCAGCCCCGGUGCUGGCAGGGAGGAACCGGGAUUUCGGGAGGAAACGGGAAGGCUGGCCAGGGCCGGCAUGGCGGGCGGCUGGGAGACAGCACUGGGCCUGGGGCUCUGCCUCGCUGCCCUGCACCGCGGAGGCUGCCGCCUCCCCAGCAUGGCCACGGCAUCCCAAACUCCAGCUGUGCUGCGGGACAAUUUCCGCCUGCAGCCGGGUGAUUUGGUGACCACAGCGGGACAAGCAUUGGAGCUGGAUUGUGUCCCCCCCUUGGGGUACCCCGAACCCUACAUUACCUGGAAGAAGGAUGGGGUGACCUUGGACUUGGUAGGUGGCAGGUACACGGUCACCAAGGGGAAGUUGCAGGUGGCAUCGGCACAACGGAGCGACUCUGGUCUCUACAUCUGCGUGGCGGCCAACGCGGCAGGCAAGAGGGAGAGCCGGGCUGCCCGCGUCUCUGUGCUGGAGAAGCCAAGCAUCGUGCGGCACCCAAGCGACGCCACGGCGGUGCCUGGCAGCACCGUGGAGCUGGGCUGCAGCGCCCGAGGUGACCCAGCGCCGCAGGUCCAGUGGCACAAGGAGCACGGAGACCUGCCCUGGGGCAGGCACGAGGUGGACCGGGAGCACACCCUGCGCCUCUACGCCGUGACGCCCGCCGAUGCCGGCGCGUACGUGUGCACAGCGCAGAGCCAGCUGGGCACCGCCGCCGCCACCACCUUCCUCCACGUGGAGGACCGGCUGGCAGUGGGCCAGGAGGAGACUGCCCCGCGGGACCUGCUGGCCGUGCGGCUGCACCUGGACAACGGCACUGCACUGCCCACUGCUGCUGUCCAGCUCCGCUGGCAGAUGCUGAUGCCGGUGCCAGUGCCCGUGGGCUACGUGGUGCUGUACCGCAGCCUGCUCCCGGUCGCCACCUCCUGGGUCCAGCACGAUGCGGGCAGGGAGCUCAGCGCCAUCAUCCCUGCGCUCCGCAGGGGCUACAAGUACGAGUUCAAGGUCCGACCCUACACCGGACGGACGCAGGGCUCAGACAGCAACAGCAGGCACCUCUGGAUACCCGAGGAAGUGCCAAGUGCAGCGCCCCAGCGCGUCACCGUCAGCCAGGCCGAGGCAGGGAACGGCACCGUGGUUGUGAGCUGGGAGCCACCUCCUCCUGAAGCACACAACGGCGUCAUCCGGGGCUACCAGGUCUGGUCAAGGGGUGAGGGCUGGCAGCAUCCCACCAACAGGACAGUGGACGGAGCCACCCGCCGCCUGGAAACCCUCCUCCCACACCCCGGCGCUGAAUUCUGUGUCCAGGUGGCAGCUUUCAACAGCGCAGGGCUGGGGGUUCCCAGCAAUGCCACGUGUGGAGUCCUGGGGCUGACAGCAGGGAGCAGCAGGGUGGUCCAGGCACUGCGGCAGCCUGCUGUCAUCGCAGCCGCUGGUUCCAUGCUCUGGUUGGCCUUACUCGCCCUCCUCCUCCUCCUCUGCCAGCGCCGUGCCAGCCAGGAUGCUGCAGCUCGCCACAGGCUGGUGGCUGGUGACUCUCCAUGGCUUGGUGGUCCCUGGAAACCCAGCUGUGCCCCCCGAAACCUCAGCAGCAGCAGCAGCCUCAGCAGCCGGCUCCUGGGCAGUGAUGGCAGGGACCCCCACCCCUCCACCCUCUCCUUGGAGCCGCCGAGCCUUGGCCCCCCCACGCCCCCCAUCCACAGCAGCCUCCGUGGAGGACGCCCACCACCCCUUGGGGACAUGGGCUGCUGCGGUGGGGGGCACCCCGGGGUGCAUUCCUCGCCCAGCACCCCAAACCCAGCACCCUGGGAGCGUGUUCGCAAGAGAGAGCUGCACCAAGUGCACAGCACCCCGGUGCUCAUAGCUGGCCCCAGCCACAUCCCUGUCACUGGAAGUGGAGGCGAGUGGGGGACAGAUUUUGGGCUGGCAGCCAGGCAGCCUCAGCCAAGGGGACACGAUGGUGACACCGCCGCUGCUGUGAUGGACAGCAGGGACCCACGGCUACCGGCCUUCAGCUCUCCAAAACCACAUCGGGGCAGCACCCCACUGGCCUCUGGUGUAACCACGUCACCGGUGACACCCCCGAGACCACCCCCUGCCUGGCAUCCUCCAGUGACACGGUCCCCGACCUUCGUGUGCCCCAGGGACACAUCUCUGGUCACCAGGCAUCCCAAGGACAUGUCCCCAGUCACUGGGAUCCCCAGGGACACAUCCCCAGUCACUGAGAGCCCCAGGGGUGUGUCACCGGCCACCAGGAACCCUAGGGACAUGUCCUUGGUCACUGAGCACCCCAAGGACAUGUUCCUGGACAGCAGGCAUCCUAAGGAUGUGCCCUCAGUCACCAGGACCCCCCGGAACAUGUCACCAGCCACCAGGCACCACAAGGAUCCAUCACCAGCAACCAAGCACCAGAGGGACACGGUCUUGGCCACCAGGCACCCUGAGGACACCUCCCUGGUCACCAGGUGCCCCAGAGACCCGUUACCAGUAGCCAAGUGCCAGAGGGACAUCUCACUGUCCACCAGGCACCCCAGGGACAUGUCUCCAGCCAGCAGGCACCCAAAGGACACAUCCCCAGGCACAAGGCUCCCCAAGGAGAUGUCCCCAGCCACUAGGCACUGCAGGGACAAGUUCCUGGCCUCCAGCAGGUCCCCUGAAAACAUGUCACCAGCCUUGAGGCAUCCCAAUGACACAUUGCCAACCACUGGGCAUCCCAGGGACACAUCCCCACUCACCAGGCACCCUGAGGAGAUGUCACCAGUCCCCGAGCACCACAGGGACAAGUUCUUGGACACCAGCAGGUCCCCUGAAAGCAUGUCACCAUCAAUAAGGCAUCCCAAGGACACAUCUCCAGCCACCAGGCAUCCCGAAGAGGUGUCUCCAGUCACUGGUCACCGGGACAGGUUCUUGGACACCAGGUAUCCCAAGGACAUGUCCCCAGCCACCAGCUACACCUGGAACAUGUCACUGGAGGCCAGGCAUUCAAGGGACAUAUUCCUGGCUACCAGGUACGCCAAGGACAUGUCCCUGGCCACCGGGCGCCUCUCACCAGCAUUCAGUGAUGGGGUCCUCACACAACAGCAGGUGGCUGAGGUCCUGGAGAUGGACCAGGACACUACCUGCUGCAGGCCCCUGGCACCGACCCCACCACGGUCCUUCUCGCCACCGCACACCUACGGCUACAUCUAUGGGCCACCAGCCUCUGAGCUAGGUGAGGAGGAGGAGGAAGAAGAGGAGGAAGAGGAAGAGGAGGAGGAGGAAGAGCAUACAGCAACGAGGGGCUCGCCAGGAGGGUCUCUGCUGAACGGCUGGGGGUCUGUCUCGGAGGACAAUUUUGCCAGCACCCGCUGCAGCUUGGUGAGCUCCUGCGACGGCUCCUUCCUCCUGGACGCCAGCUUUGCCCGGGCACUGGCCGUGGCUGUCGAUGGCCUCUGCUACAGCCUUGAGGACACCGACGGGGCCUACGGGGGUCCCUCACCACCACCAUCGCCCUUGGAGCAGGUCUUCCCACCCGGAGUCCACUCCACCACCUGGGACUGGUGGAAAGCGCUGGAGGUGCCACAGAGAGCCAGGACAGAGGCAGCUGUGAACAGCAGCUCACAGAAUGGUGGCCAAGGGUCAGGGACUGGCAGCCCCUGGGCCAGGGAAGGUGGUGAGCUGCGGACAGGAGGGACAGGAGGGUGGCCAUCCCCAGGACGCAGGACACAGCAAGGCCAGACCCCUUGGCUCAGCUAAAAUUGGGCUUUAUUAGGCAGUUCCCCAAACAGGGGCUUUUUACUAUGAAAAGCCACCCACAAAGGGUGGGUGGGUGUCCCUCCUUAUUCAGCGUUCUUGUCCUUCCCAAGUGUCCUUCUUCUUCCACAGUGUCCCCAUCCCUCCUCAGCAUCCCCACCCCUUCCCAAAUUCCUCAUUUCUCCCCAGCAUCCUCAUCUUCCCCAAGAGUCUGCAUCCCUCUAAGUGUCCUUGUCCUCCCUCAGUGUCCUGCUCUUUGCCAGCAUCCUCAUUCCCCCUAACUAUCCUUCUCCAGCCCAAGCACUGUUGUCCACCGUGUCCUUGUCUUUCCCUAGGGUCGCUGACCCUCUUGACCAUCCCCAUUCCCACUGACUAUUCCCAUUCCUUCCACCUGUCCUUGUGAUCUCUGAUAGUUCAUGCCCUUCCUCAGCAUCCUUGUCCCACCUUUUCUAUCCCUUUCUCUCCCAAAUGUUCUCAUCCUUCCCAAGCCACCUGAGUGGCCUUGUGCUCCCUCCAAAUGUCCUCGUCCCUCCUAAUCAUCCUCAUUCCCAGGCUUUUCAGCCCUCCUGAGUGUCCUCAUCCUUCAUCAGUUGUUUUGUCCCUCAUGCCAAGUGUCCUCACUGUCCUCAUCCCCCUACAGCCAUCCUCCUUGUCCCUUACUACUGUCCUUGUCCCUCCCAAGCAAUCUUGUUUUUCCCGAGUGUCCUCUUCCCCCCAACAAUCCUCAAUGCCCUAGAAAUCCUUGUCCUUCCUCCAUGUCCUCUUCCCUCCAGGCAUCCUUGUCUGCCAGCCUUCCUUGUCCUUGACCAGUACCCUCAUCCAUCUGCUGCGUCCUUGUCACCUCUGUGUAAUCUUGUGCCUGACCAACUGUCCCCCUCCCUUUCAAUUCCCUCAUCCCUCUCUUACGUCCUUAUCCUUUCCCAGCAUCCUUGUUCCUCCCAGCUGUCCUUGUCUCCAGGAUCCUUGCCCCACUUAAACAUCUUCCUCAUCCCUCCCCAGCGCCCUCAUCCCUCCUCUGCUCAUCUGCCCCAACUGUUUCUGUCCCCAAGGUUCAUAUCCUUACUUGAGCAUCUUCCUUGUCCCUCCUGAGCAUCCCUGUCCCUCCCAGGGUCCUCAUUCCUUGUGAAUUCUUUGCCCCACCCCAAGAAUCCGUGUCCUCCCUCACUCUGACGCCCACUGGCCGCGACCUCUGUGCCACCCUGUUUCCGCGGAGCCACUCAGAAAUUAAAGAACAUCCCUCCGUGUCCCCUGUGUUCCCAUCCCCAUG